AUGUCAAACGCGCAACCGCAUUUUGCGCCCAGUCACCUGCAGAACGGCACACCAAACAGCGUGCACAGCGGCGUCAACAGACCCACGACCGAACACUGGGCCGAGCAGCGUACGCGCAGCGCAGACAGCACAAAGAGGCGGACAAGGAAGAGCGCAACCGGCCAGCAGCACAGCGAGCCGAGGACGGCAAGGACAACCUCCCGUGGACAAUACGUCGAUUUCGGCGGCCAGAAUCUCAAGGUUAUCACGCCCACGCUCUUCAUCAACUACAGUUUCCUCACAAAGCUCUAUCUCAACGCGAACAAGCUUACGUAUCUCCACCAAGCCAUCGGACAGCUCAGGAACCUGACGCACCUCGAUCUUUCUCUGAACAAUCUCCACUCUCUGCCUCCCGAGAUUGGUAUGCUGGUCAACCUCAAGCAGCUCCUUGUGUUUGACAAUCAAUUGACCGAUCUUCCGGAAGAGCUGGGCUCGCUUUACCAGUUGGAGCUGCUCGGCAUCGAAGGCAACCCUAUCCCCGACGAUAUCAAGCAGAUCAUGAUGGAGCAAGGCACUGUCGAGCUCAUCAAGCAUUUCCGUGAGACUGCCGCUGGUCCCGAAGCACCUCCGGAGCGAGACUGGAUCGUCCUCGACGAGAUCACAGACCCCGCGCAAGAGACUGUCACCGCGCUGAGCUACAACAUCCUCUGCGACAAGUACUGCACGCAAUCACAGUACGGUUACACUCCGAGCUCCGCCUUAGCAUGGGAGACCCGACGAGAGCUUAUCCUUGGCGAGCUGAAACAACGGAACGCCGACAUAGUAUGUCUUCAGGAAAUCGACCAGGACAGCUUCAAUGAGUACUUCCGAGAGAAGCUUGCGCACUACGACUACAAGGGUGUGUUUUGGCCGAAAUCGAGGGCGCGAACGAUGGCAGAGCGUGAAGCGAAACUUGUCGAUGGGUGUGCCAUCUUCUACAAGAACAGCAAAUACGUUUUGCUGGACAAGCAGCUCAUCGACUUCGCCAACACUGCCAUCAACAGGCCUGAUAUGAAGGGAGAACACGACAUCUUCAACCGCGUCAUGCCUCGUGACGACAUCGGAGUGGUGGCCUUUCUGGAGAAUCGCGCAACAGGAUCAAGAUUCAUCGUUGGCAACGUGCACGUCUUCUGGAACCCGGCCUUUACCGACGUCAAGCUCGUGCAAGUCGCAAUUCUCAUGGAAGGAAUCUCGAAAUUUGCUACCAAAUGGUCCAAGUUCCCGCCAUGCAAGGACAAGGUAGUCUACCGCUUCACAAACGGCGAUGACGAAGACGGAAAAGAAGCCGAUACCACACAGGAGCCUGGACCGUCAAAAGAAUACGGCGCUGGUGCAGACAUUCCCGUCAUACUCUGUGGUGACUUCAACUCGAUGCCGUCCUCUGGUGUUUACGACCUUAUCACUCAAGGAACGAUCGCCCAUUCCCACCAGGAUCUCGGAAGCCGGAAGUAUGGUAACUUCACGCGCGACGGUAUAUCUCAUCCCUUCAGUCUCAAGUCCAGCUAUUCUGCGAUCGGUGAAAUGACCUUUACAAACUACGUGCCUCACUUUCAAGGUGUCCUCGACUAUAUCUGGUACUCAACCAACACGCUCCAAGUUGUUGGCCUUCUCGGCGACAUUGACAAGGAAUAUCUGCGACGGGUCCCAGGGUUCCCGAACUAUCACUUCCCUAGCGACCACGUUGCACUGUAUGCGCAGUACAUUGUCAAGGGUCGGAAAGAGAAGAAGGUCUCAGAAGUCGACUUUGGGCCGAGCCGGGAUCGAGAACGGAGGUAA